CGAUUAAUAGGUUCUUGAAAACGUUAAAAUGGUCACGUACUUGUGAGCCCAGGACAAAUAAUUUGCUUACCUGAUACUCAAGUCUUCCAAGCAAGAUCCCAGGAACCUUCUGAAUAAUGGCUUCCUCCAAACCCACGACAUCUGCAUCCUCCACUCCCACGUCAUCUGCUUCUACCAUAGCAAUAGCAACAGAUAGCAAAUCAUGUUUCCAGGAAAUGGAAAUUAUUAGCAAAAACAAACAUGGAAUUUUUACCCUAUGCCCCAAAUACACAAGAAGACUUAUAGAUAUUGAAUGCAAAGAUAAAAAAGUCACUGAAUCAUACAUGAGCUACAUGGACAAACAUCAAAUUAAGCACUCGCACAAAGCGUUCAAAGCAGUCAUGACUCCCGAAAACUUGGACAUGACAGAACUGUUCUCACUAUUCCAGUGUCUCUUUGAAGUGAAAAAAGAUGGGAGAGAUACUUCAGAAAUGCUAAAAAAAGUGAGAAAAGUCAAGGAUAUUAGAAAUGAUGUCACACAUAACGGCAAGGCACUGAAAGAUGCAACUACGUGCAAGAAAAUUGAGGAAAAAUUAUUGCAGAUGAUCCAAGAAGCUGGUAAAUUUUAUUCCCUGUCUUCAACUGACAUAAGGGCAAUGGAAGAUGAUUUGCAGCAAGAAAUCCACCGUGGAUUGCCUCCUGGUGUGCGAAACAUGGAAUACUACUGCUACUGCAUUCUCAACGAAGGGAAAGAAGUUGCUAAAGUUCGUUUCCAGAACUUUACAACAGAGGAUCUCCCUUUGGCUGCUGGCCUCGUUGAAAGGACAGAGGUAUUUCACCCACCUGAAGUGACACUGCAGGACAAAGAUGACCAAGCGCUGCCGCUACAAAACUUGUUUGAUUCAUCAAAUGAAAGCAUCGUGAUUUUGUCGGGCGUUGUCGGUGCUGGUAAAACCACCUUACUCAAGUACAUAACCCAAGAGUUCUGGGGGCUUAAGUCAAACGUACCGAAUUAUCUAAAAGGAUUUGAAACCCUUGUCUACAUCGAGUGCAGAGACAGGAAUACAAAUAACUUGCAGCAAAUCGUUAGGAAUCACUUUGGACGCGUUUGCACGGACAUAGGAGAAACGAAUGUUCUAAAAGCACUGAUGCAUCUUCGCGUGCUGAUUCUGGUCGAUGGAUUCGAUGAAGCCAACGAAAACUCGAAGAGAGUUAUAGGUGACCUACUAAAGAGAACCUGGCACUCUGAAUCCCGCAUCCUCAUCACAACUCGCCCUCAGGCUGUUGAAAAGUUCAAAAGUUUUGUUGCUCGAAACGUCAGCAAGAUCUCAGGGUACAAGAUCGCUCCUCUAUCAGACCUGGAUGAACAAUUAAAGUUUAUUGAGAGGUACGAACGAAUUCUGACCAAAGACCCAGCUGACGUAGGGGCGAUGCAAGAGCGAUUCUCUAAACUUGAUCCGCAACUACGGAGAAGCUUCACCGAGCCAAUCAGUUUGCUGCAUUUCUGCUCCAUUUUCAAAACGAGUCCAGAGAAAAUCUUGCGAUGGAAAAGCUUCAACGAUGUGUCAAGAGACAUAUUGCAACUGCAGAAGACAAUUGUGAAAGAAAAGCUCUGCGAUAUCAUCGUCGCAAACAAAGAUGUUCUCAUUGACGACCUUUUCAUGGUCACUGGCAAGUUGGCGUUGGAGUUUCUUGCAUGCAACCAGAUAACUUUCAAUGAAGAUGAACUCCGACGAUUCAAGCAACAAUGCAAUCGAACAAUAAAAUCUCACGGUGCCAACGAAUUCGACUGUGACGUAUUACUCUCAGCCAUACUAAGAAUGAAGAAAACUCUUUCCGGAAACAUGGCUGGAACCUACUCCUUCGCUCACAAAUCACUACAAGAAAUCAUUGCAGCUCAUUACGUUACUGGGCGAUUAGUAUACACUGAUGAACCAAUUUCCAAAAUAGUGGGAGACACGUCACCAUCAAACCCAAGAACUGCUACUCGCCAAAAGACUGAGAAAUCUAAAAAACCAAUGCAACAAGGAACACGUAUUGCUGUGCCUGUCGUGAAGAAUAACCUGGAUAAGUUUGUUGAAGUACUUGAGUACGUCAUACAGAACUUGAGCAGCAGCAACCCACCACAGUUUCGAAUUCACUGGCCCGAACUCAGAGACGCCAUCACAUCCGCGGGUGUCGUCAAGGGCCGAGACUGGCAGCCCCUGCUUCUCCGGAACCCUGAUGAAACUGAGCUGGCGAAGCACGCGGCCAAGAUUACAAUCGCUGAGACUAAGGAUUGGAACGUGCACUCAGCUAAUGAUGCGACGGCAAUUUCGCUAAUGUUGCCCUACGAGACGCCUCUACUCAUCAACAUUAGGCUGCCAUCUGCAGUGCUGCGCACUGCGCAGCAAAGUUGGUCAGAAAUAGCACAUAUCCAUCGGGGAGAGCUAAAGCUGGAUUUCUUGGUGGAAUUCUAUAUCACACCCGAAAAUUGUGACGAUCUACUUGAGUGCCUCAGAGGUUCCAGAUGUCAACUCAGUGAGCUGAAGAGCAGCAUCAGCAGUGCGGCUGCCGUCGCAGUCGUGGCGUCCGUUUCUACAGCCGCUACAGAACUGCACGUCGCCCUCACCGCCCCUCUCAACCUAGAGGCUCUGCAAGGAAAAUAUAAGCGUCUAAAUGUUGAGAUAAGGCCAAUGGAAGCAGCUUGGGCUCAGGCAUCCAGCCAAGCCCAGUCACCGCGCCUGCCAGCCCAGCCACCGCCUGAGCUGGUGUUACUCUUCGUCGAUCCUGGCAGCUGCAUUGAGACCGUUGCUGGAGUCAUCCGUGCAAUCGCCCCCGUCGGGAAAACAUGUCAACUCAGUGAGCUGAAGAGCAGCAUCAGCAGUGCGGCUGCCGUCGCAGUCGUGGCGUCCGUUUCUACAGCCGCUACAGAACUGCACGUCGCCCUCACCGCCCCUCUCAACCUAGAGGCUCUGCAAGGAAAAUAUAAGCGUCUAAAUGUUGAGAUAAGGCCAAUGGAAGCAGCUUGGGCUCAGGCAUCCAGCCAAGCCCAGUCACCGCGCCUGCCAGCCCAGCCACCGCCUGAGCUGGUGUUACUCUUCGUCGAUCCUGGCAGCUGCAUUGAGACCGUUGCUGGAGUCAUCCGUGCAAUUGCUCCCGUCGGGAAAACAUUUGGCAAAAUAAUGAUGCCCGGAUGUGGGCUUCAGGAAAAUGAGAUUUGGAAACUAAUGGAACAACUGCACAGCGCUGGCAUCAGGAGCUGCAGUGGCGGCCAUACGCGAUACAUAAAAAACGCUCUGGGAGACGUGGUGCUCAACAUAGGAGACGACCUCAUAGACCCCACUAGGACUGAGACAGUCGUUCGCCAAGUCAUCGCAGAUGUACGGGCCGUCAAACCCGGGGACUUCGAGGACCAGUGGCCAGAGGUACAGCGAAGGAUGGAGGAAGUAGGUGCCACGGCACUGCAUUGGCGACUGGUGCUUCUAACCCGCCCGUAUGAGGCAAAGAUUGCCCUGUUCGCAGCAGUGAAAUGCCUGGGGGAAGACGGGCAGUUCGAGAUCAGGAGAAGUAAGAUUUCUGACCUUGCUGGACAAAAUUAA